AUGGCAAUGGCAGUAACAGAAGAGAAUAAUCAACCAAAAGGAGGUUCAAUGACAGACAAAGCAACCAAAGCCAAACUUUUGAAAAGGUUAUUAACCAUACUCACUUACAUUCUUUCUCUUCCAAUAUUUGCCUCAGUUAUAUGGCUAUUAUAUAUGGGAGACUAUGAUUGUGAAGUAGUCCUAAGGUUGCCAAAACUGCAACUUGGUAUUGGUAUUGGGUUGAUCGUUACCUUCUUAGUUAGCAAUAUUGUUGUGUUCUUCCAAUCUCGAUUUUCUAUGCUAGGACUCCUUGUAGUUAUGGUGCCACUAACUGUUAUGUUCACUGUGGGACUUGCCCUCAUUGGAGCCUAUAAUAUGGAAAGUCGUAAUAUACCAGGCUCACCAAUGUGGCUGAAAUUGAAGGUGCAUGACAAUGAUAAUUGGUACUACAUCAAACAAUGCAUUGAUGAUACAGGAGCAUGCAAUGAUUUGGUGUCGAGAUCAUUAACGUUGAAAUCAUAUGACUUCAACUCAAAAAGAUUAUCACCCAUAGAGGCUGGCUGUUGCAAACCACCAACCACAUGUCAAAUGCAAUAUGUGAAUGCCACUUUUUGGGAAAAACAAAAUGUAGCGGAAGAUAGUUCUUAUCCAUAUGACAGCGACUGUGAUACAUGGACAAAUGAUCAGGGCAUUCUAUGUUACAAUUGCAGCUCUUGCAAAGAUGGAUUUUUGAGUACAUUACAGGUCAAAUGGUGGACACUUGGGUUCUUCCUGGUUGUGAUGGCUUUAGUACUCAUUGUUUCUCAUCUGUUGCUAUUCCUUGCUUCGAUGUUGGAGCAUUAUGCAAUAUAG